CCAAACCCCCUCCGUGGCCAAGUUCCUUCCGCGACUAACUCCCUUCUGGGCAAAUGUAGAGAGGUAACGGUACACUCUAGCACCACCAAAGAAAGACUACAUAUAGCAGCUACAGACAACUUCGAUCUUUGUUUUAAACAUACCUGUACAGUGUGGGUACAUACGGCUCUAUAGCUUACGGGUGCUUGAAAAACUGGUUUUACUCGUUACCUCAGCUAGUAUGUAUUCCCUGGAGACAAAUUGAGAAUUGGCUAGACAAUGCGUGCAUGCAGGGAUAUGCUAUAUCUCCUUGUAUCAAGAAUGACCUUAUGAACUUAGCACCCGACAACAACUUUCAGAAAGGCUAUGCAUUCUUCAACCACAGUAGCCGUAAUAACGCAAAAGCACGGACUACCAAACAAGCCAGAAGAGGAAUACAGAUGGUGGUGCCAAAUAGGGGCAGGAGACAGGAGGCGACUUCUGACCAUCGUCCAUGUCAGCAACGCUCUACACCACAUGUGUUUAAUGAUGAACAAUGGAGCUUUACCGUAUCUUGCCAAACGUCUAAACAUCAGCAACUCGCACUGGGGCCAUCUCAUCACCAUCGUUGCCUUUCUGGAGAUCAUAGGAGGACCGCUAGGGGGCCGGUUCGGUGACGUGUACGGAGGGCGUCUGUCGCUUACCUUGUCCUGUGCUGCCAUGGCAACGACGGCCGCCAUGUUGUCAACUUGUAAUUCUUUCCAGAGUUUAGUUUUGUCCAAAUUCCCGCUUGUUUUCUCUCACGUGUCGACAGGCCUGCAUAUGGUGAUUUCUGACAUCACCGAUGACGCAUCACGCUCCACGGAGCUCGGGACGUUAAGGCUAUCCACUACUUUUGGUAAUAUGGUUGGGUCGGCGGUCGGUGGGAUUUUGACCGAAAAAUAUGGAACGACAAUGACGUUUCUGUGCACCGCCAUGUUGUCUGCUGUAUCAGCCCUGCUUGUCUGGAUUUACAUCCCUGUACAGACUAAACAACAUGGAGACAACAACUUGCCUACAACAAUUUUGCCUGAGCUCUGUGAGGGAUCUGGAGAAGACCAGCAGGAAGAUUGCAGAUUUCCGGAAUCAUCUACGCUUCAGUCUACGCUGCCUCAAGAGAGAAAAAUCGUCAACUUCCAGAAGAUCACGAGACUGCUGAAAAUCCCGGCGGUGGCUCAUCUACUCGGGAUCAAGUUCGCCUUGAUCUUAGCGAACAAGAUCGUCCUGAACGCUUUUCCCAUCAUCCUUAGAGACACGUACGGGAUGGGCCCGCAGGAAGCUGGGAUGUUCACUAUGUACUGCAGUAUUGCUUCAGCAGUGCUUCAAAUGGGUUUGAUCCGUCCGUUGACCAGACGCUACAAGGAUUUCCCCCUGAUGAUGCUGUCUUCACUGGUGUUGACCACUUCUUACGUGAUCGCUACGUGUAUGACGGAGAGGUGGCAUAUCUACGUUUUUGCUGUCUUCAAAAGCUUUGGAGUAAUCAUGACAAAUACUGUCGUCGUGUCAGCCUUGUCAAAAGCGUCACCUCCGGAAGACACAGGCGCUGUGAUGGGUUUAUUAGCGAUGUUUGUCAGCCUGGGGAAGGUCGUCUCUCCACCAAUCAGCACCUACGUUCUGGAUCACGUGGGUUACCAGUUCUUAGGAGUUACCAGUGCCGCGAUGACUACUGUAGUGGCGGGUUUCAUCCGACUGACUAAGGAAGAAUUUAGAUGAGAGCGUGUUGGAUAUGAUGUAUAAUUUACUUAAUAAAAAACACAAAAAAGUCGGAGAUUUCAUUUACACUAGAAAUAAAGACACGACCCUCACAGCUUGUUUUGAGGCUAUUUUAAAAGCUUUAAUAAGUUUGAGAUAAUGGCCAAAAAAACAUCAGUAAGUUUAUAUUAAGUUUACAACGGUACAACAGUUGUUGGAUAUCUCAGGAACGAAGCUGUUCAACUUCUGGCCUUCAUUGGCCGAUUUUAUUAACAAAGAAAUAGUAAGCUGUGACCCGGGCACUAAAAGGGGUACAGCAUGUCCGCCAUCUUUGAAUCUUCACGUCUAUAAUCAAGUAUUUUAUUUGUCUACGAAAAGAAUUCACAGUUUCGAGUUAUCCGUCAAUGAGUAACAAUGUUUAAUUCCAUCACUAUUUCACAUAGAUUUCAGCACUUUACUAUACAUUUAUUUUCAAAGAAUGUUUACAUAUGUCUACCAGGGAAUAGAUAUAACGAAUGGCAUCUUAUAUACAUAACACUACUCCAGGAUUAUAGAGGGCUCUACCUGUAAGGCCCCUGUCAUGCAUAGCCAAAUAUGACCUAAAUAUUUCUAAACUCCCCCGACCAUGUUUAGGAGUCGGUCGGAAGCAAGGUCAGCGGUGGUUGGCUGGCGCACCCGAAUGUUUCAAAUUGUAGACGGUAGGUUGGGCCAUGAUUGGUAAGUGGUUGGCUGGUGGUAUGGAAUAGGUCGGCAGUGGUCGUGCUUGUCAAACUUGACUCAAAAUUAAUUCAAAUUGAUAUAUAGAAAAGUCUGGUCUGACACAACCUACAGGUAACCUUGGUUUUGGUUGGUAGGUAGUCCGGUACGUGGUGGUGGUGGUGGUGGGGGGGGGGUCAAAAUGUGUGACAGGGGCUUUAAGGUAAAGAGACCAAACCGUUUCCUGUCUGAAAUAUCUUGGUCAUCAACUAUUUAACAUGUACAAUUCAACUCUCUUGAUCCCCUAACAGUAAUGGAAUACUUCAAUUCAGAAUAUGCAGAAAAACAGUGAUAAAUAUAUGCACUGAAACUACACACUUUGUAUUUAGUUAAAGUUUUGAGAAUACUUCCUCAUAGAUGGCUAUUAAAGAGUCGGAGCCAAGUCAAUGAAUGUGACAUUGUAUCAAUGUACGGAAUUUAAAUAAAUGAAUAACGACUGAAAUCAACAAGAACUCAGCAAUGCUCAAAAACAUCUUGGUCUCCUUGUUUCAAAUUAACUGGUAAGCUUAACAUAUCAAUGUAAAACAGAUAUACAAAAGAUUAGGCUGAAAGAUUACUACAUGUCACAAUGUGGACUACUUGUAACGUUACUGGUAACUCUGGAUCAGACCAAGGCUACUUAGUAAAUCUUAAAUGUCAAUAUAUCAAAGCAUACACACAGUGACAAUAAAACUAUCAUAAUGGUA